AUGUCAUCGGAUUUAGUCACGCGCUUCGUUACACCAACUAUUGCCAUAUUUAGUAGACCAUUUUUACGCUUUCCAGGUGUCCCGAUCGGAUCAAGAUCGACAGCUAUCAAGCUAGAACAAGGUGACAAUAAGGAUAAAGUCUGGGUGUUAGCUAGCUCUCAGUGUGAUGACCAAGUUAUCGAGAACAUUAACAAGUUAGGACAGGUCAAAUACCUCGUUGCCCCUGACACAGCUCAUUACCUAUAUUUGAAGCAGUAUAUCGACGCAUUUCCAGAUGCUAAAGUUAUAGGUGUCGAUGGCGUUCAGACGAAAUUACAAGACGUAAAAUUUGAUUACAUAUAUGGCAAGAAUAGCAGCGAGGAAAAAGUCGGCUAUGAGCCCGAAAUGCAAGCUGUUUGGUUUGAUAAAUACAUCAAUCGCGAUCUUGCCUUCUUCCAUCAACCCACCAAGACACUAGUUCAAGCCGACCUUCUUAUGAACUUGCCAGCCAAUGAACAAUACUCAAAAAGCGAUGCAUCAUCAGUACCUUGGUUUCCAUUUGUCGGAAAUAUCAGGCCUGGUACACUUACACAUCGUAUAGCAGCAAUGGCAAUGUCAAAAAAUGAAGCUGAAAUCAAACAAGUCUACGAUUGGGAUUUUAAUAGGAUAAUACCAUGUCAUGGUGAUGUUAUCGAGAAUGAUGGAAAGAAGGCUUGGUAUCAAGUUUUUGAGAAAUACCUUCCAAAGUCUUGA